AUGCCUACACUCGGCUCGGAUGGCGGCGUAUACAGUUACUACAAGUUCGGAAGCGCACGACGAACCUUCCAAGUGUGGAACACACGGUCAUUCCCAAGCCCCGCCGAUGCAGAUUGGAAGUAUGCAGUGCAUGAUGGCGGCAAGUUCUUCCUGUGGGAUCCGCAGGGCAGUACCCAGACGAAUGGGGGCAGUUGGGUAGCGACCAAUCUAGGCGGCUACACCUAUCCCGGCUUCGGCGGGUACUGGUACUAUCUGCAUUUCAAGGGAUAUCGGGCGCAUACGCGGCCUCAUCGGGGCACAGCUGUGACGUUGGGGAUUGCUCAGGUUGAGCCUCCCUCUCCGUUGCCGAAUUAUCGCGGUCUCAAGGUCUCGGGUGAUUAUGUAUUGAAUGAGGACAACGAAGAUACUAUCGAUGUUAUCUUCGUGUCGACAGGUUGCCAUGAUGAUGAAAAUGAUGUCGUCGAUGUGUAA